GAAACAAAGAUUUACAAAAUAAAAAUGAUUUAAAACUGCAUAAAACAUAUAAAACUGGCAAUAAAAACCAUAUAAAUUUAAAUUAUUUAUAAUAAACCAUGUAAUUCCUAUGUAUAACAUUCAAUAUUAAUAUUUUCAUUGCAAUAAAAUAUUUCUGCGUGCCACGAGCGCCAUCAAUGUCACAUGCACAUGUUGUACUAAUUACACACCAGAUUGAAUAUAUAUUUUUGAAAAUAAACCCGGAAAGUUGAUAAUAACUAUCAAACGCACAUCUAAUACAAUCAAAUAAUGUCUCCUAAAAAGCCUAGGACGUGUAAAUCACCAGAAGAAGUAUUUCAUAACUACAUUUGCGAAAAUGAAGAUUUAUCAGUCGGAAUCGCCUCUAUCAUGACUCUAAUGCACACGAUUAAAAAUGCCAAGUACAGCACAUUACAAGAGCUUCGAGAAACCCUCCACGAAAGCAUAAAACAAAUGAAGCAAACAGACCAUCCAGUCGCUGCUAUCACCUCCGGCUGUGAAUUAUUCAUGCGUUUCAUCACUUUAAUAGAAGAUUCCGAGUCAAUUGAAGAUUGUAAGAAAAGAAUGUUAGCAAGAGCAGACAUAUUCCUACAAAAUCUAAACGAAUCACGUGGGACAGUCGCCCGAAUCGCACAGAAAUUCAUCCUGGAUGGUUCUAAAAUCUUAACACACUCGAAAAGUCGUGUUGUGCUGGCCGCAAUGAAAGAAGCAGCUGCACAAAACAAAAAGUUCCAAGUGUUCGUCACCAACACCGAUAAACGCGCGGAUACAAUGGAAACAGAACUGCGCAAAGCAGGAAUCAGUGUCACGAUGAUAUCGGACGCCGCCAUUGGAUACAUCAUGGAAUACGUGGAUUUCAUCAUGGUUGGCGCGGAGAGUGUGGUUGAAAGUGGAGGAAUUGUCAAUAAGCUCGGAACGUAUCCAAUGGCGAUCUGCGCGAAAGAAAUGAACAAACCGUUCUAUGUCCUCACAGAAAGCUUCAAAUUCUCGCGACUUUACAUUCUAAGCCAGGAUGACCUUCCAGAUGAAUAUAAAUUUUCACCUACGAUGAAAAAAGACAAAGUCAAACUGUCAAUGGUCGACUACACGCCACCUAUCUACAUAACCUUACUUUUCACCGACCUAGGUAUCCUCACACCUUCAGCUGUAAGCGAUGAAUUGAUAAAACUCUACUUGUAAUUUAAUUUAAUAAAACAUUGAUUAUCUGCA